AGUUUAUGUAAGGCAACCCACCACUGGAAAGCAGCUCAUCUGUUAGUCAUGAAGUGAACGGGGAGACGAGUCAGUCAGUCCAGAACUACCAAGCAUACAGAAACUAAGUAUCUCGAAAAUGACGAAAAAGUGUAAUUGAAGCUAGUGAAAAUAGUAUUUGAACCUAACUUAUGGCUCUGCAAUGUGUCACAAAGCCAAAAAUGUGGUUGGGUCUUAAGCAGAUCCUUCUAUACGUAGGCCUCUUGCUAUGUGUUGUUCUUCAGGUCUGCAGGAGUAAGACCCAAUCGCAGAUGUUCUGCCCCACUGUUUGCCACUGUGACUUAUACGCCCAGAGCAACCGCGCAAUUUGCAGGGCAAAGCGCUUGAUAAGCGCCAAUAUUGAAAUUCCCACAACGGUUGAGCUGUUGGACCUGAGCUACAAUGAUAUAACCACUAUCGAUGAUGACUCCUUUAAAAUCACCAUCCACCUGCUCAAUCUUACCUUGGCCCACAAUGCCAUCCACACACUUUAUGGAGAUGCUUUUGCGGAGUUGACCAGACUACGUUACUUGGAUCUUUCGUACAAUCGCCUGGAGCAGAUCGACGAACAUAUCCUGGAAUCCAACAAUCAACUGAUUCAUCUCAACCUGGAAGGCAAUAAGUUGUCCACUCUGGGAAAAGGACCCAUUUUAAGAAGUCCAUCGCUUCGCUCUCUUAAUCUGCGCAACUCGCAGGUAAAUCAACUUGGAACUCAGCUUCUGAGUGCCCUGCCUCAACUGCGCCAACUGGAUUUGGCGCAGAAUCUGCUGUUAACCCUGAGUCCUGGCGAUUUCCAUGCCCCCCGCUACCUGGCGUCACUGAAUGUUGAGGAAAAUCCCUUCAAUUGCGAUCAGGCACUGACCAAAGUGGCCACUGGAUUGCGACAGCGUGGGGUGGCCAUUCUCAUGAGCGACUGCAUGGAGGAGACGGUUCAGGAUCACCAGGCGGAUGCGGAAACUGUGGAUUUUCCCAAUAAAAAUGACAAGUUUGAAAGCAUGGAGUACGUGGAGCCCAGCACCCGAGAACCCCAAUCCGUGCUGUCCGUCUGGCGGGAACUGGACUCCAGUGAGGAGCAGAACAGCGAGCAAGACGACGAGCAGGGUUCAUCGGUUAGCGAUGUGUGCACUGGAAGUCGGGAGAAACUGUGCCUGAGAUACCGCAUUUGCUUGGAGCGUGUGAGCCAUGAACUCCUGGCUGGCGGAAACUCCCAAUUGCAAGAUGAAAUCAUACGCACACACACCUACGAUGAGGAUGACUUGAAGCUGGCCUUUGUGGUGGGCGGAGCCACGGGCAUUUGCAUGGUCAUCUUCAUCAUCACCUUUGUCCUAUGCCUCAAGAGUUGCUGUGAGAUGCGCAAAAAGAAAAGUGACCCGGGAAUGGCCACUGGGGAUUCAGCUGCUUUGGACCCUUCGCAGGGUAGCCUGCCCACUAUCCACACCUGGUCACCACAGCGUACUCGCAACCCCAGGCGCUCCAAUCCCCAGAGUCGCCGUAGUACUGCAUCGCAUGCCGUGGUUCGACAACCCUACGGACCGCAGGACAGCUUUGUGUCCCGACUUUUUGGUCGUCCGGCCCGCAGUCAGUACUACCGGACCAUCAAUCAGAACACGGCCACUCUCAUAAGGCGCCUCAGUCGGAGUAACCUCUUCACCAGUCGCGACCGGGAGCCGAGUUCUCCCUCUGAACCGCCAACUUCUACGGCCAGAUUCUAUACGGCUGUGGCUGAAAGUGUGGCGGUAAGACCGGAGACACCGCCUCCUAACUACGGCGAUGUGGUGGUCAUCGAGAAUUGUGAUAACAAGUGAAGGGAGUGUCUUGUUAAUAUAGCCAAACAUUCGUAUUAGCUAAAAGUACUUUAAGUUAUUGCUCUUCUCGACCUUACUCAUUUACUAUUACAAACUAUAUAAAACAAUUAAAAAAUGAAACUAUAAUCACUGAUAAUGGCAAAAUAUUAAACUUCAUAUUUCAAAUCCAUUAU